AAAACCUAAACAGUAAAGUGAACACACACACACACUCUGUUCACUUGACGUUGUGAAUCACGUUCUCUUAUCUGUAUCUGUGACGCAGAAACAAAGUAACAAGACAGCGGCUUUGCAUCUUUCUCCGAUCUUCCUUCCCCUCACCUCACCGUGGUGGUGUGUACUUUCUGGCCUCACAUGCGCUUUAUGCUUUGUCUUCCAAUUGGGUGAAAUCUGAUUGAAGAGCCAUGCACAAGGAUACGAGUACCAGUGCCCCAUCAAAUACAAGUGGUCGGAUUAGGCACCGAAAACGAUCGAAUGAGGUUAUUCCAGAAGUUAGCAAAGCGAAUGGAACCAAGUUACUUGUUAAUGAUAAAAGCAAGUAUAAGUCCAUGCUAAUUAGGGCAUAUUCAUCCAUUUGGAUGAUUGGGGGGUUUGCAUUGAUCAUCUAUAUGGGUCACCUCUACAUUACUGCAAUGGUUGUUGUUAUCCAAAUCUUCAUGGCAAGUGAGCUUUUCAAUCUACUCAGAAGAGCUCAUGAAGAUAGGCAGCUGCCAGGAUUUAGGCUAUUAAAUUGGCAUUUUUUCUUCACUGCGAUGUUAUUUGUUUAUGGACGGAUUCUGAAUCAGCGUUUGGCUAACACAGUAACUUCAGACAUGGUUUUGUAUCGACUAGUGAGCAAUCUUAUUAAGUAUCAUAUGGUUAUCUGCUACUCCCUGUACAUUGCAGGAUUUAUGUGGUUCAUUCUCACAUUGAAGAAGAAGAUGUAUAAGUACCAAUUUGGCCAAUAUGCUUGGACACAUAUGAUUCUAAUAGUUGUAUUUGGCCAGUCAUCCUUCACUGUGGCAAGCAUUUUUGAAGGGAUUUUCUGGUUUCUUCUUCCAGCAUCACUUAUUGUCAUUAAUGACAUUGCUGCUUACAUCUUUGGUUUUUUCUUUGGAAGAACCCCUUUGAUCAAAUUAUCUCCAAAGAAAACUUGGGAGGGUUUUAUCGGGGCAUCCUUUACCACCAUUAUCUCUGCAUUUUUGCUUGCUGACAUCUUGGGUCAUUCUCAAUGGCUAACAUGUCCAAGGAAGGAUUUGUCAACUGGUUGGCUUCACUGUGAUCCUGGUCCAAUGUUUAAGCCAGAAUCUUACACUUUACCAGGAUGGAUUUCUCAGUGGUUUGGUUGGAAAGAGGUAUCAAUCCUACCAGUUCAAUGGCAUGCUUUAUGUCUUGGCUUGUUUGCUUCAAUUAUUGCACCUUUUGGAGGCUUCUUUGCAAGUGGUUUCAAAAGGGCUUUUAAAAUAAAGGACUUUGGUGAUAGUAUUCCAGGACAUGGUGGGAUGACUGACAGAAUGGAUUGCCAGAUGGUUAUGGCCGUGUUUGCGUAUAUAUAUCUUCAGUCAUUUGUUGUGUCUCAAAGUUUGUCAGUUGAAACGAUUUUGGACCAGAUAUUAAUGAACCUGACAUUCGAUGAACAAGAAGCUCUAUAUAGGAGGCUUGGGGAAAUGUUGCAACAGGGGAUUCAAAGGAUGUCUUAGAUCCAUGGCAAGGUGUAUUUGUUCUCAAACCAUCUAAUGGUAUUCCUUCACUUUCAAGGAGAAAGAAAAACUACUUUGUACAUGUGUGUUUUUUUCUUGAGUGAAACGAUUCAAAGGUUCGGGAAGCUGUCGAAAUGUGUAUAGUGUAUCUUGGCCGUUAACAUUUCAUUCUGUUUCUCUCUGUUUUUCUUGAAUAUUUUAUCGAUGGCUUUGCUUGAACAGCUAGCGCUCACUCAUGAUCUUUAGAAUAUGGCCUAUAGAAGAAAAUAAACGCAUAUGUUGUAUUCAAUUCCUUGAGAGGAGUAACAUUUUUCAAUUUCUUUAGCUGUAA